AUGAACUCGCUUCCCUCCGCUCUCGCGUUCGGUGUGAUUCUCUCUCUCGCGAUUCCUGUAGUGUCUGUCGCCUGUCUCGAUCCCCUCCUGCUUUCUCCGUUUUUCCUCUUCUGCCUCUCUUGGACCGCCGUCCUCUGCUUCCUCGCAGCAGCUGUCCUCGCGGUGCUCUCGCUCGUGCUCCCGUACUCGUUGGGGGCGCUCGCGGCCCAUGGAAAAGUUCGUCUUUCUCUGUCGUCCACUGGGUCAGGAACGGAAGCUCGGGUGACGGAGAAAUGCUCGCAGUCCCUGGCCCAGUUGCCUCUGCAACGCGACGCGAGGACGAGGCCGGAGAACGCGAAAGACGAACAGAGGCGGUGGGGGUUGCAGCGAGAGAGGAACGACGCAUGUGGAGACAGAGAGGAAGCCAGGAGAGAGGUUGGAGAGGAGGAGGAGGCGGAGGGUCAGGCUGCAUGCAGGGACAAGGCGCCACAGCGAGAGCCGCGAUCCGAAGCUGCAGGUGGAGAAGAGAGUGAAGCGGAGGCAACUGGGGCAUCACAGGUUGCAGUCGAGGACCAGCAGGAGAGAGAGACCAAGGCAUCCAUUGUCCGGAACUGCGCCGACGGAAUGCUGAAAGCUCUCGCCGUCCCCGUACAGAAGAGCCUGUUCUUGCACUUUUACCUUCUGGGCGCUGGUCUGUCGCUCGCGAUGGCUCUGUUGCUCUCGCUGGCCCUGCGACGCUGUCGCCUGUCUCUCCCCGAGAAAAACGAUACACCUGUCUCCGCUCUGCUCUCGAACGCGUCGCCGGACAGCAUCCCACAAGGACCUUCGUCGAACGGCCAGCGGGGGAAGUCAGAUCUGGGGAGGCUUGUGAACGAGGCAGCAGCGGGUAUGGCGACGGACGCCGACUUGCUUCUGCCGCUUUUGCUUUUCUUUCUCCACUGCCUCCGAAGACUCCUGGAACAGCUGUUCGUCGUGCGAACGCAUGCAACGGCAUCACAGAUGAGCCUCGCCGCCUACCUUCUCGGCUUAAGCUUCUACGUCGGAACUCCUCUGUCGCUUUUGCUUGGAAGUCUCGGCAGCUUUCUCUCCUCUCAGCCUUUGCCGUCUUGCUCGGCGAACGCGUUUCCUCUGUCGCUCGAAGCGUCUCCUGCUCUCUUUGCUGCUUCGAUCCAACAUGUCGGCGAGGCUCUCGUAGCGCGUGCGACCUCUCCUCCAGGGUCGGUCGGCAUGACAUUCGCAGCGUUUCUCCUCGUCAACUGCAUGCAGCUUCACAGUCACAUGCUCCUCGCUCGCCUUCGUCCUGCGGAUUCUGCAGAAGGCCGAGAGAGAUUUCUGGAUUCGUCCGCGUCCAAGACGAUCCACCCAAGUCUCAGAGACGCGUCGGGAGCCUACAGCAUUCCUCGGGGCGGGUGUUUCGCCUUCGUUUCCUGUCCCCACUACUUGGCAGAAAUUCUCAUCUACCUUUGCCUUUGUCUGCUCUUACCUUCGCCACCUACCAUCGCCUGCUUGUCUUUUGUUGUCGCAACAAUGACUGUGAACGCUUCAAAAACGCAUACAUGGUAUCGGCGAACGUUCGGUGACGCAUAUCCUCAGAAUCGCCGCGCGCUCCUGCCGCUCGUCUACUGA